AUGCCGUCGUCGCCAAACAUGCGGAAUACGCUGCGGACCCCGCGGUCGCCGACGCGGAAUGCCUCCUACGUAGAGCUCAACAACCUGGCUCCCUCACAACGGCCGUCGCAGACAUCUUCCGAGCUUCGCCACCCCUCAUCGGAGCUGUAUCAAGCUAAGGAGCCUCAGAAGCUGAACCCUUAUGUUCCUUUUGCUGUCAAGAACGGCUGGUUCUUCGCCAAGAUCGUCCUCCGCAGUCUCUCCUUCAUAUUCGCCCUCGUCGCCUUCAGCAUACAGCUCUCCUUCUUCAUCCCGGUCCAUGACAAUGGCAACAUCAUCUCCAUCAUCAUCAUUUUCUUCUUUUCCGCCUCCAUCAUCGUUUGGGACUCAUGCGAGUUCAUAACGCUGUGUGCCCGCAGGGGGUUCGGCAUCAACCCCAAGGCCCACAUCGGCCUUGAUCUAGUCCUAUGUCUGGGUGCCAUGGCCGGCACGGCCGCUUGUUUCUUUGAGUUUGACUUUAUCGACUACUUGGGAUACAACAACCUCUGGGGCGAGGACAUAGACUCCAAGAUCUACUGCUCCAUAGCCAUGUUUGGCUGCCUCAUCGUCAUCCAUUUCAUCCUCUUUGUCCGUGCCUGCGUCGACAAGAAACGCGGCAUAGGAGCCACCCCCAAAAUCAUGUACCUCCCGACAGGCGAGGCCGUCGUCGUCGUACCGCGGCCCGUCCCACCCAUGCCGACGCGCCAGAUGACAAAGGACAGCACCUCACAAGGCCCUCCGAACCAAACACCAUCCAGCACGGCCUCGCCGCCGCCCCUACCGCCCUUGUCGCACCCGUUGCCAGCUCUCCCCCACGACCCGCUGCACUCGCAGACCUCGACACCGAUCAGCGAGGCCCCGACCCUCAUGACGCCCGUGCCGCCGCCGCGCAGGAAACCCUUGCCCGUGCGGGGCACGCACUACGCGAACCCCUGGGACGCCCCCGGGCCCGGGUACCAGCCGAGCGCGGAGGAGAUCGCGCGGGCGGAGAGGGGCGAGCGGCAGGCGCAGUACAUGGCGCUCGACGGCAUCGACACGGCGCGCGUGACGCGCAUGGACGGCCCGCGGGAGAAGUUCCUCGCCGGAGAGCCCAAGAAGAUUGAGCGGAGGAUGUCGACGUGA